AUGCGUUCCCAUGACAUCGUUAUGUUUGACCCAAUUCUUACCUUGAAUCCGUGGACCGGGGGACAAAAUGCCAUUACGGUGCACACCAUUCAAAGAUUCAUUGAGCGCCAGGACAUCGCGAAAACGCUUGCCCACCAUAUUGUGCCCUCCGUGUGGGGUUCUUUCUCGGACGACGAAACAUCAAUAAUGAACCUCAAAGCUGAACUUCAACUUGCCCAACGGUUGGAACGCGGCCUCUAUGUCUUUUUUCACAUGGCGGAUCUCGCCCACAGUCCGAAGAAGGUGAAACAGCGAAGGACUUCGAAUCCAGCCAUCACUGGAAGACUAAUGGUGCUCACCAACAUGCUGGACGAGUAUCAUCACUUGCCGCCACACACGCGAAAAGCCAUACCAUUGGAAAGCUAUGUCAGCCACGUUCAAAAGGUCUUGAAAUAUGGAUAUAAAGAGGCCGACAUCGGCAGAAGGCGGCUGGAACUCAGGGGAUACCUCGACGAACAGACGCAAAUUGAUUUCCAUGCCACUGUCCGAAUGCUGCGGGAACUAAUGGAGCGCAUGCUCCUGCGGCAUGGCCCCAAGGACUACCAUCGAGACACCAAUAACGAGUUUAGUGUAAUCUCGUGGUUUCUGUUGAAGCAAUCGCCCCGGUCUCUGGAGAAGCUAUUCCUCGGCCCUCAGGAUGAUUGCUGCACGUUCAAACCGGACUCGCCUGAUUGCGGUGUCAGGCAAUGCUACUUUUCUGACCCCCUGGACGAGUACUGGAAAGCCUGGAAGGAUGUGCCAGACUUGGGAUGCCAUGGCUGCGACUGCAAGAGACGGGUUCGAAGCUGGAGCGUGAAGCCAACGUUGAUCGAUGCCCACGGACGAGACUUCAACCGCGCAGCAGAGCACGUUCUCUCGACGCUGCAGACAUCACGCCCUCUUUUCUCCUCCUACCUCCGCAUCCGCUCCCUUGCCAAGUCGCCGUCGAACCCCGAACUCCAGCAGUCUCGAUCCGAGCUCGAGACCACGUUGACCGAUCUCAGCGCGGACCUGGACGACCUGGUCGAGAGUGUCCGGGCCAUCGAGCAAGACCCGUACCGCUAUGGCCUGGAACUAGAAGAGGUCCAGCGCCGACGCAAGCUCGUCGACGAUGUCGGGGCCGAGAUCGAGAAGAUGAGACAGGAGCUGCAGCGCGCCGUCACUAGCUCGGCGGCGGCCAGUAGUCCCAAUGCCUCGGGGCUUCCGAACCCGGCGGAGUUCGAUAACGCCCUGUCCCCCUCGGCGGAGGAUCGAGGGGAGGAUUACUAUGCGGCGAUGGAACAGCAACGGCAGACGGAGCUCAUGCACGAGCAGGAUGAGCAGCUCGACGGGGUGUUCCGGACGGUCGGCAAUCUUCGACAACAAGCCAAUGAUAUGGGUAGGGAGUUGGAAGAACAAGCGGUGAUGAUAGGAGAAGUCGAUACGUUGGCCGAUCGGGUGGGCGGCAAGCUCCAGAGUGGCAUGUCGAAAAUCAAAUAUAUUGUGAGGAAGAACGAAGAUACGAUGUCAUCAUUCUGCAUCGCUUUGCUCAUCUUCGUCCUGAUUCUCCUUUUGAUUUUGCUCAUUGCGUUAUGA